GCUAGAUCUGGCUACACUAAUUUCCGCGCCCCCUCUUGUACCCUUGCUUACUCAGCUGAAUCUAUAGGAACAGGGGCAGAGGUGUGACCUAGGCCUGGGAUCAGGGGCAGGCACUUGGGUGGGAGGGGGCUACACUAAUACUGCUUCCUGUGAACCUGGGGCAAGACCUUUUCCUUUGCUGGACCUCACGUUCCUCCACUAUAUGUGGAGGGACUCUAAUGUUCUGGGGUGGCUCUGCCUCCAGAUUGCAGGCCUUUGGGCAUUUUUCUUUUGAGGAAGACUAGAAGCUGGUACCCCUGUCUACGCCUCAGGCUUUGGGGCAGGGGUGGGGGGAAUCUCAGCCUGAGCCCUCCCUUCACCCUCACCCUCCCCCCAGCAAUGGCCUGAGCCCCCAUGGCUGCCCCUCAGGACCUGGACAUCGCUGUGUGGCUGGCCACGGUGCAUCUGGAGCAGUAUGCAGACACGUUCCGGCAGCAUGGCCUUGCUACAGCGGGUGCAGCCCAAGGCCUGGGCCACGAGGAGCUGAGGCAGUUGGGCAUCAGCGCCACAGGGCACCGGAAACGAAUCCUGCGCCUACUGCAGGCGGGCACUGCAGAGAGCUCUCUGGAUCCCAAAUUGGAUAGUAUCAUGGAGCCAUCCUCUAGCCCAGCCCCCCAAACCCAACCCCCAAAACCCGUGCCCAAGCCCAGGACAGUGUUUAGUGGGCUCAGUGGCCCUGCUACCACCCAGAGACCUGGGCUGAGUCCACCUUUUUGGGGACCAGAAAGGUCUAAAGUCUCAGAGUCCAACCCAAGUUCUCCUCCUCUCCCUACCUGCUCCUCUGAGAAGCCUUCAACUCUGAAUACCAUGGAGAUGAUGCCCAAUGCCAUCUACUUUGGCCUGGAUUUAAGAGGCAGUGCACAGACAGCUCAGGACAUGACUCGAGACAGCUCUCAGACAGCUGCCCCUAUCCCUGCCCUCAGGCCCACAACAGGCACAGUGCACAUUAUGGAUCCUGGUUGUCUGUACUAUGGUGUCCAGCCUGUGGGGGUCCCAGGUGCCUCCGACAGAAGAGAGGGCAGAAGUGUCUGUCAGGACAGGGCUGAACACAGGCUCAGCAGACAGGAUCUGGAGGCGCGGGAAGAUGCUGGCUAUGCCAGCCUUGAGCUACCUGGGGAUUCUGCCCUCUCACUACCCACCCUGGACACAGAGGAGACCAAUGAUGACCUCAUUUCACCCUACGCCAGCUUCUCCUCCACUUCAGACCGCCCCACACCCCUGCUCAGUGGCUGGCUAGACAAGCUCUCGCCUCAGGGAAACUAUGUCUUCCAGAGACGCUUUGUGCAGUUCAACGGGAGAAGUCUGAUGUACUUUGGCAGUGACAAGGACCCUUUUCCCAAGGGUGUGAUCCCUCUGACUGCCAUUGAGAUGACUCGCAGCAGCAAGGACAACAAGUUCCAGGUCAUCACUGGACAGAGAGUGUUUGUGUUCCGCACAGAGAGUGAGGCUCAGCGGGACAUGUGGUGCUCCACACUGCAAUCCUGUCUGAAGGAGCAGCGCCUCUUGGGCCACCCCAGGCCCCCUCACCCACCCCGACCCCUCCGCACUGGCAUGCUAGAGCUUCGUGGAUACAAGGCCAAGGUGUUUGCUGCCUUGAGCCCUGGAGAGCUGGCAUUGUACAAGAGUGAGCAGUCCUUCUCUCUGGGCAUUGGGAUCUGCUUCAUUGAAUUACAAGGAUGCAGUGUCCGAGAAACCAAGAAUCGAAGCUUUGAUCUGCUCACACCCCACCGCUGCUUCAGCUUCACAGCCGAGUCUGGGGGGGCUCGGCAGAGCUGGGCGGCCGCUCUGCAGGAAGCAGUAACCGAGACCCUGUCUGACUACGAGGUGGCUGAGAAGAUCUGGUCAAAUCGGGCCAACCGGCAUUGUGCAGACUGCAGGGCGUCCCGCCCCGACUGGGCUGCUGUCAACCUGGGGGUGGUCAUCUGCAAGCAGUGUGCAGGCCAGCACCGGGCCCUGGGGUCUGGGAUCUCCAAGGUACAGAGCCUGAAGCUGGACACAAGUGUGUGGAGUAAUGAGAUUGUGCAGUUGUUCAUUGUUCUGGGAAAUGAUCGUGCCAACCGCUUCUGGGCAGGGACAUUACCCCCAGGUGAGGGGCUACAUCCAGAUUCAGCCCCUGGCCCUCGGGGAGAGUUCAUUUCCCGAAAGUACCGGCUGGGUCUGUUCCGAAAGCCUCACCCUCAGUAUCCAGACCAUAGCCAGCUUCUGCAGGCACUGUGUUCAGCUGUAGCAGGACCCAAUCUGCUGAAGAACAUGACUCAGCUCCUCUGCGUUGAGGCCUCUGAUGGGGAGGAGCCCUGGUCCCCCUCAGCCCUUGAUGGUGGCUUGUCUGGCCUUCUACCCCCAGACCCCUGCCCUGGUGUAUACAAUGAGGUGGUGGUGCCCGCUACCUAUAGCAGCUUUCUGUACUGUGGCCCCAUCAGCAACAAGCCUGGGCCUCCUCCCUCUCGCAGGGGCCGUGAUGCUCCUUCCCGCCUGUGGUGUGUACUGGGAGCAGCUUUGGAAAUGUUUGCAUCUGAAAGCAGUCCUGAACCCCUCAGUCUCAUCCAGCCCCAGGAUGUUAUAUGCCUGGGUAUCAAUCCCCCACCUACUGACCCCGGUGACCUUGAGAGGUUUCCCUUUUCCUUUGAGCUCAUCCUCACGGGCGGGAGGAUCCAGCAUUUUGGUACAGAUGGAGCUGACAGUCUGGAGGCCUGGACCAGUGCAGUGGGCAAGUGGUUCUCCCCGCUGAGCUGUCACCAGCUGCUGGGCCCAGGAUUACUGCGGCUGGGCCGCCUGUGGCUGCGGUCCCCCUCCCAUACAGCCCUGGCCUCUGGCCUCUGGCUGUCAGGGUUCGGCCUCCUUCGUGGUGACCACCUCUUCCUGUGUCCAGCACCGGGCCCUGGUCCCCCAGCCCCUGAGGACAUGGUGCAUUUACGGCGGCUGCAGGAGAUCAGUGUGGUCUCUGCAGCGGAUACCCCAGACAAAAAGGAGCAUUUGGUCCUGGUGGAGACAGGAAGGACCCUCUAUCUGCAGGGGGAAGGCCGGCUGGACUUCUCAGCAUGGAAUGCAGCCAUUGGGGGCGCUGCUGGUGGAGGUGGCACAGGGCUGCAGGAGCAGCAGAUGAGCCGGAGUGACAUUCCCAUCAUUGUGGAUGCCUGCAUCAGUUUUGUCACCCAGCAUGGGCUCAGGCUGGAAGGUGUAUAUAGGAAAGGGGGUGCUCGGGCCCGCAGCCUGCGCCUCCUGGCCGAGUUCCGGAGGGAUGCCCGGUCAGUGAAGCUCCGACCAGGGGAACAUUUCGUGGAGGAUGUCACGGAUACACUCAAACGCUUCUUUCGCGAGCUUGAUGACCCUGUGACCUCUGCUAGAUUGCUGCCUCGCUGGAGGGAAGCUGCUGAACUGCCUCAGAAGAAUCAGCGCUUGGAGAAAUACAAAGAAGUGAUUGGCUGUUUGCCUCGGGUCAACCGCCGCACACUGGCCACCCUCAUUGGACAUCUCUAUCGGGUGCAGAAGUGUGCAGCUCUAAACCAGAUGUGCACGCGGAACCUGGCCCUGCUGUUUGCACCUAGUGUGUUCCAGACAGAUGGUCGGGGUGAACACGAGGUGCGGGUGCUGCAGGAGCUCAUCGAUGGCUACAUCUCUGUCUUUGAUAUUGAUUCUGACCAGGUAGCUCAGAUUGACUUGGAGGUCAGUCUUAUCACCACCUGGAAGGAUGUGCAGCUGUCCCAGGCAGGAGACCUCAUCAUGGAGGUUUAUAUAGAGCAGCAGCUCCCAGACAACUGUGUCACCCUGAAGGUGUCCCCAACACUGACUGCUGAGGAGCUGACUAAUCAGGUACUGGAGAUGCGAGGGACAGCAGUAGGGACAGACUUGUGGGUGACAUUUGAGAUUCUCGAGCAUGGAGAGCUUGAGAGGCCACUGCACCCCAAGGAAAAGGUCCUAGAGCAGGCCCUGCAAUGGUGCCAGCUCCCAGAACCCUGCUCAGCCUCCCUGCUCCUAAGAAAAGUCCCCCUGGCCCAGGCUGGCUGCCUCUUCACGGGUGUCCGGCGUGAGACCCCCCGGGUAGGGCUGUUGCGGUGUCGUGAGGAGCCACCCCGUUUACUGGGAAGUCGCUUCCAGGAAAGGUUCUUUCUGCUGCGUGGCCRCUGCUUGCUACUGCUCAAGGAGAAGAAGAGCUCUAAACCAGAACGGGAGUGGCCUCUAGAAGGUGCCAAGGUCUACCUGGGAAUCCGUAAGAAGUUAAAGCCUCCAACACUGUGGGGCUUCACAUUGAUACUGGAGAAGAUGCACCUUUACUUGGCCUGCACUGAUGAGGAUGAGAUGUGGGAUUGGACCACAAGCAUCCUUAAAGCCCAGUCCACCAGUGUCAACUGCUCAUCCUCUCACCAGCAUGAUGACCAGCAGCCAGUGGUCUUACGACGCCGUUCCUCUUCUGACCUUGCCCGUCAGAAGUUUGGCACUAUGCCCUUGCUGCCCAUCCGUGGGGAUGACAGUGGUGCCACCCUCCUCUCUGCCAAUCAAACUCUGAGGCGACUACACAACCGGAGGACCCUGUCCAUGUUCUUUCCAAUGAAGUCAUCCACAGGGUCUGUGGAAGAGCAAGAAGAGCUAGAGGAGCCUGUGUAUGAGGAGCCAGUGUACGAGGAGGUAGGGGACUUCCCUGAGCUCACUAAGGAUACUUCUACUUCUUUCUCUACCACACGGGAGUGGACAGCCAAGCCAGAGACCCCCUUCACCAGCCAGAAGUCCUUUGAUCAACCCCUUCUUUCCAAGACAAGCACCCUGAGCCAAGAGGAGAGGCCACCGGAUCCCCCUCCAGGGCCCCCAUCCAAGAGCAGUCCCCAGGCACGGGGAUCCCUGGAGGAGCAGCUGCUUCAGGAGCUCAGCAGCCUCAUCCUGAGGAAGGGAGAGACCACUGCAUGCCCAGGAAGCACUUCCCAAUCACCCAGCCCCCAAUCACUCAGCCCCACUAGCCUUGCAAUACAGAUAUCCAGCUUCCCCACCCAGUCCUCCUGCACUUCCAGUUCACCCUCCAGCCAGCCCCUCACAUGAUCCUUGGAACAGCAUCUGAGGGGAUAGGUACCCAGUGGAGGACCUAGGCUCUUACCUUGGUAGAUACUUCUGGGAACUUUCUCUACUCUGGAUGGAAAGACUCUAGAACCCAGUGCACUGGAUGAGGCACUGGAAUGGAGGGCCCUAGAGAACGUGUGUCUCAGGGAAGAUCAAGGCCCCAUCCUGGGCCUCAGCCUGUUUAUCUGUACCAUGAAGUUACUGAAAUAAGGAGAACAGUAAACAACAAACUGUUGUUUGGAGCUAUAAGCUCCAUGUAUUUUUCCUCAACAAGGGUAGCUCCUGCUUUAUAUAUUUGAUAGGUAGAGGUUCUGUGAGAGAUUUGGGAUAAAAGAAUGGUUUUAGUGCAUUAAAGAAAAAAACAGGUUUGGAAGCCAGAGGCCUGGAUGAUGUCCAAGUCUAUUCUAUUCCACUUCCUACAUUCUGGGACUACUCUGAAGCUCUGGAGUGGGGAAAUUGAUUGGGGUUGGGAGCUGGGGCAAAGGGGAGCCAAGAAAGGAUGGGUCACUAUUAAUAA